AUGGUGCAGAGAGGGCCGGUGAAGACCAUCAUCUCAGCGCUUCCGUUCCUCCUUACCUUCUUGGUCGUUGCACUCGGCGUAUCUCAGAAGCUGUUCCCCGUCCUCUCCGGCCACACCGACCGCAAGGCGCACCAUAACGAUGCACGUCUGCCUAAGAGCGCAUCUCGCGAACAGACCCCACUAGUCAAGAAACUACAGUUGAAUGCGCGCUCGCUCGCUGUUGUCAUCUUCUCCACCAACAUCGCCCUCUCUGCCGUCCUUGCCGAGCUCAUCUUCUGCGAGAUCACAAGCACCGGAAACCGCGCGACCCGCACCUUGGCCCUCAAGCUCACGCUUCCUUCGCUGUUGUUUCUCCUCGUCGUUGCGACGCCGGCGCUCGAGAUACACUCGGUGGUGUCUGGAGCUGGUUGGAGUACUGGUGGCUCACAGAGCGGGCGGCGAAGGGUUGCUUGGGUGUUGGAGGGUUGCGGUCUGGCAGUAUGGCUUGCCGCUUUCUGGUACCUUGGCAGCGGCUUGCUGGGGACAUAUCUGCACGAAGAGUCUUAUGUGCACAACCAUACUUUCAGCGAAGGCUGCCUGGAGAGGAUUGGUGUCAUCGGUAUUAGUAUGAUGGCCUCCCUCACGGGUUUCGCUGCAGUCUCGUCGCUGUGGCAGACCUUUGGCGUCAAGUAUCGACCGGUGUCCGACACGGACAUCUCCCGCAAGCAAGCCGGCAUCCAGGCUACAAACGACAUGCUGCUAGCCAAAGAAUCACGCCUCCGCGCCAUCGAACGCAAGUUGACCGACCAUCCGCAAGAAGGUCUUAUGGGCCGUGUGGUUGGCACCAUUCGCGGAAAUCCAGAUCUGCAAGAGCGCAACAUGCUCCAGCUCGAGAUCCAAGGGCUCGAAACAAUGCGACACACGCUGCAGAACUCGCAGAAUGUUCUUCAAAACCGACGUCAGACACAGCUUCGAUCUCACACAGCCUACGGUCGCAUUCUCAACGCGUUCUCCUUCGUCUUUGCCAUUUACUGCGCGUAUCGUAUUAUCGCUACAAGCGUGACGAUACUCCGCCGUUUCUCCUCGUCGAGCGCGAGUUUCGCGAGCUCAGACCCAAUCAACAACUUCCUCGCCCUCUUCGCAAAGCAUUGGGAUCCCACCAUCGACCGUGUAGCCUGGAGUCGCACAAUUUCCUUCCUGCUCUCUGGCGUCAUCCUUUUGUUAUCGUUCAACGCUGUUCUGCAAACCUUUUACCUCUUCUCGCGCGCGGCACCGGGCAUCUUGCAUCAUGCGCAAGCCAACUUUGCGCUCCUUAUUUCACAAAUCGCAGCGACCUACGUCAUCAGCUCUGCGCUGCUCCUCAGGAGUAAUCUUCCUGUAGAAAUGAAGAGUGCGAUUAGCGAUGCAUUGGGGGCGCCGUUGGAGCCUAGCUUUACGGAGAAGUGGUUUGAAGGGUGGUUCCUGGCGGCGAGUCUCGUGACCGCUGUUGGACUGUGGGCGGGCAAGAGAUUGAAAGGGGACGGAUGGGAUGAAGAUGUUGAGGAAGAAGGAUACAUCGAGAUGGGGAAGAGAAGCUGA